AUGAGAUUACAUUAUAGAAGAAAAUUCAAAUUUUUACGGAGAAUACUUUUUAUAUUAUGCAUUACCUCACUGUAUUUAUCGAGAGAUUCAUUAAAGUUACAUGCAAAAAAUGCAUUUAUGAAUUCUAAUGUAGGUGAAUAUCAUGGCGGAAUGAUAGAUGAUAUUCAAAUCCUACGGUGUUACCAUUGGUACAGGCAAUGCGGUUCUUUGUAUGCUCCCAGGUUACACCCCUCUAAUACUGCUACAAGAAUCAAAGACAAAAAUAGCGUUUUGUGGAGCAGAGUUUCCAAGAAUAUUACCAUAGAGACAUUGUAUUCGCUUCAAUCUGGGGCAUUCUACAACAGUUACCUGUACGUUCAUCUAAAAGGGUUCCAAAGCAAUCCAAAAAACUCAAUAAAAGAGCUAGCCAUAGCAAGAGAUUCAGCAUUAAUACCACUGCAGGUGUUGAGAGACAUUAAUAAAUUGGUAAGAUCGAGUGACAGCUCUGUUUUCCACAAUCAUGUGUAUCGGCGGGAAAAGCCCACCUCGUCAUGGUGGAAACUGCUUUUUGGCAUAUCUGUUGAGACAGAUAACAUAGCUGUGUUCGGUGAGGAGUGGGUAUACAAGGGGAGCGGCAUAUGGUGUAAGUAUGUUCUCAAUGAUGAUGAUAAUGACGCUCCUAUAACUAAUUUGGAAAUAUAUUUAGGGUCAUCAUUUAUUGAAUCGAGACCUUCUUGGAAAGAAGUUAUUCAUGAAUUUCAUAGAAAUAACAUACCUUCUUUGCCCAUAUCAAUUACAAGAAAGCUUGACACCAAAAACCAUCAUCACAAAUCUUCCAAUGAAUUGCUGGGACCUUUAGGAGCACCAAGCAAAGGCAAUAAUGUUAUAAGAUUACUUCAAGUGGAUGCGGAUUACAAAAUAACAUCCCCCCAUAUUCAAUUUUCGAGGGGGCAGAGAUCAUUCAAAAUUCUUCAAAUGACUGAUUUCCAUUUCAAAUGUACAGAUAAUAGCAUGACAAUAAUUAAUGAGAUAAAAACAGUAAAUUUUAUCGAUCGUGUGCUCGCAUCAGAAAGCCCGGAUUUAGUUGUCAUCACAGGUGAUUUGUUAGAUUCACAUAAUACUAUUGACUACCAAACGUGCAUUAUGAAACUUGUUCAACCAAUGAUCUCUAAUAAAAUACCCUACGCCAUUUCAUUGGGGUUUUCCGAUGAAUCAAACUUGGCUACACAGUCACAAAUUAAAGAUUUUAUUAGGAAUUUACCUUACACAUUUAACAAUGUUGCAUCAGAAGAGGGACAUAUGGCCAUAGAAGUUUCAUUUAAAAAAAAGCUAUCAAAGGAUACUCUUUUGGAAAAAGAUAUUGAUACCAAAGACGAAAUGAGCCCAUCAGAAGCUUUAUUCUUCGUCUUUGAUGCAUUUAAUCCUGUCAAUGAUUUUCUACAAGAUCAUAAUAAAUUAAUUGGAAAAAUCGACUUUGGUUUGGCCUUUCAAUAUUUUCCCUUAUCGGAAUAUAGGCCUCAUGGUUUAUUUCCUAUCAUUGGGCAGUAUAAUGAAAGAUCUACCUUAACGGUAGAUACAUCAAGAUCCAGGGGACAAGUUUCGAUGACGAUCAAUGGCAAACAUUACAAAAGCUUUCUUGAUAUUUUGAGCCUUUGGAAUAUAAAAAGCGUGAGUUGUGGACAUGAACACAAUAAUGAUUGUUGUUUGCAAUCAAAAAAUGAGAUGUGGUUAUGCUAUGGUGGGUCUACUGGUAUUGGCUUGCCGAGGAUAGAAGGUAUUUAUCCAACUGUUAGAUUGUUUAAUUUGGAUGACAUUUUGGACGAAAUAACUUCGUGGAAAAGGAAUAGUAAUCUUGUUGAUGAGGUUUACGAUUAUCAGUACAUUUAUAAGGGGAAACAGUAA